CAAACAUUCAAAGUCCAAACGUUGCAGCCAACAAGCCCAUCUGCACGGCUUCUGUGCAGAGUAGAUCCUCAUGGAGCUGUCUCCACCUCCCAGAGGCCUAGAGGCUGAGUAUGCAGGUCUUUUCACCACUGGCUGCCUCCACUUCCUCCAUGAGCUGAUUUCCACGUUUGAUGCAGAGGUGGAACAGAUCCUUCAGCUGAGAGCGUCCAGGAAAGCUCAGCUGGAUCUUUCAGGUGAACUCCCAACUUUCUUAGAAAGCACCGCACACAUCAGGGCGGACCCAGACUGGAGGGUGCUCCCCGUCCCAACCAGGCUCCAGAAAAGGCACGUUGACAUUGGAGAUAUGGCCCCCUUCGACACGGGUCGCUUCCUGAGAGCACUGCGCUCUCCAGCACAAGGCAUUCAGGUUGACUUUGAUGAUGGGAACUGUCCAACUUUCCACAACCAGAUCAAAGGUCUUCACAACGUCCUUCUGGCAGUGAGCAACCGGCUCCCUGAUGUCCCUCACAUUUCCCAGGCUCCGGUGCUGAUGCUGCGUCCCCGGGCCUGGAACAUGGUGGAGCACCACAUGAUGGUGGAGGGAAAGGAGGCUCCUGGUCCUCUCUUUGACUUUGGACUCCUCAUGUAUCACUGUGGAAGGACACUGCUGGAGAACCACAGUGGACCAUUUUUCUACCUGUCCAAGGUAAACACAAACACACGUAUGGUUCACAGAAAGCUUGGCCUCCCGCUGGGCUGCAUAAAGGCGACGGUGCUGAUAGAAAACGUCUUGGCAACAUUUGAAAUGGAGGAGAUCCUCUACGAGCUGCGGGAACACUCAGCAGGGCUCAACUGUGGCAUCUGGGACUACUCUGCCUCCUUUGUCAAUAAGUUUGGUCACCGGCAGGACUUCCUGCUGCCAGACCGCAGCAAGUACGUCAACAUGGAGAAGCGUUUUCUGCGCAGCUACAUGGACCUGCUGGUCCAGACGUGUCACCGACGUGGAGCGCUGGCCACAGGAGGCAUGGCCGCCCUGCUGCUGCCUCCCAGUCACCAGGAGGACUCCUACCGCAGGGUGCUGGCCUCCGUGGAAAGACUGAAGCUGUUAGAAAUCAAAGCAGGCGUUGACGGCUUCAUGGUGUACGACAUGGAUUUGAUCGAACCUAUGCAGAAACUCUUUAAGCUCCACAGCAAGGGUUGCAACCAGCUGGACCAGCUCCGAGGAGACGUGGCUGUGACUCCUGAGGAUCUGCUGUCCAUGCCCGCGGGAGGAGUCACCCUUCAUGGGCUGAGGUAUAACAUCGCAGUGGGCGUGCUCUUCAUUAACGCAUGGCUGGCUGGGAAAGGCCAUUUUUUCUACAGAGGGCAGGUGGAGGAUUCAGCCACAGCAGAGAUCUCAAGAUCCCAGGUGUGGCAGUGGAUCCGUCACCAGGCCCGGCUGGAGGAAGACGGCAGGGUGGUGAGCCGGCAGCUGGUGACCCGGCUCACCAAGGAGCUCAGCGCUGAACUUGGUCCACUGGCUGGUUCUGAAAGGAUGGAACAGAACCUCCACACAGCAGCAGACAUGUUCCUGGAGGUGGUUCUGAAGAGACACUUCCCAGAGUUCCUCACCUCAUACUUGAACCUGGACCACACCUUCCUGCGCUCCCACAGCAGGAGGGAGGAAGAGGAGGAGGAAGGCCGAUGGCGCGCCAGGCUGUGAGGAGAGAGCAGGACCAGGUUCUCCUUCCACCAAACCUUCCAGCACCACAGAAGAACAGGUUCUGUUCUUAGGGUCCAGAACCAGCUAAAACCCAGGAAGGAGUUAUGUACUAGAAUCAAGCCGGUUCUGAUGCAUGAAGCUGAGCGGUUGGACCGGUUCUGAGCUUCCAUUCCUGCUCAUCGGAACGCUGGGAGAUCAGAACCAAGCAAAUUGGUCUUAAUCUAAACCAGGGCUGUUAACCCUGGUCCUCAGAGUCCACCGUCCUUCAUGUUUUAAAUGUGUCUCUGAUUCAAAGGACUGCAUUUCCUCAAAUGCUGCAAAAUAUGUUAAUUACCUUUUCAUUCAGGUCAGGUGUGUGGAAG